AUGGUGUUCAACGAGAUGGGACGUAGCAACACAGGAUUCUUCUUCUCUGAUGAUAAUGGCUACACUGAUGAUGAGUUUGACGUGGAUAAGCUUGAGAAGAGGAUAUGGAGGCAAGAAAUGCGCCUAAAACGUCUAAAGGAACGUAGCAAGAAUAAAGAAGGAAAUGAUGAGCAACUGAUCUCAAAGUACAUGUUUAAGAUUAUGGAAGUGUGUAACGUUCAAGGCUUUGUUUAUGGGAUCAUUUCCGAGGAAGAAAAACCAGUGAUAAGUGCUGCUUCUGAGAAUCUUCAAGAAUGGUGGAAAGAUAAGGUCAAGUUUGAUCUUAAUGGCUUGUGGAGUAAGAUGACUACUAAAGAAAAGGACAUUUUGUUUAAUGUUAUUGACCAAGAAGAGGCUUCAAAAUAUGAGAAAAAGUUGAAUACUUCAAACUUUGAGAUGGCUAAAAUGCAAAGGACUAGAAUGAUGAAGCCGGAGAGCGAUCAGAACAUGUAUUUCAAUCUUGGGUUUCAAGACAAGAACUCACAAGUAAACAACCAACCGGGUUUCCCAAACCGAGAUGGUCUUUUCGCAUCAUCCAAGUUCCAUGUCAGUGAAGUUACAAAGCCAGUUUGA